CCCGGCCUUUUCGCCGAACGCAACGUCAACUUCCGCCAUCUCUUGCUGCUCUGCUCACUUUUGAAGGAAACAUGGAAUAUCUAGAGAAAUUUACUCCAGCUUUUAUCAAAAACAUUCCAACACAUAUGGACUUUGAUGGACAGAAAAGGGCUGAGAAAUGGUUUCAAAUUAUCAUAAUGGUGUUUGGGGUAGUAGGAUUUGCGUGGGGAUACAUCUGCCAGCAGUUUUCACAGACUAUGUACAUUCUCAUAGCAGGAUUUGUUAUCUCAUGUUUUUUGACUCUACCACCUUGGCCUGUGUUUAGACGAAAGCCCCUCAAGUGGCUCAAAGUAAAACAAGAAAGUGAACCUGAAACUACAAAUAAUACAGCACCAAGUUCUGGAUCGGCACACAAACGAAGAGGGAGAUAGACUUAUAAUGACAUCAUGACCACGUUCAUAAUUUAUUUUUCAACAUCUGAAAUCUAAAUUGAGAAAAAAGUCUGUAAUUGUGUAAUAUUGUAUAUUUGAUGUGUUCACUUGGUAGAGUUUCAUUAAAAUUAUUUUUAAUCUGAGUUUGAAAAUUCAAUAGUUAUAAGAUUCUGUCUUUUUGCAAUUUUUUGGCUGUCUUCAUUUGAUGAUGUUUUGUUUGAAUGUGUAAAGGACCAUUUACUAUUUCUACAAAUCAAAGAUAGGGCCAAGCUCAAUUAUUUUUGAGAAUUGAGGAAUGAGAUCAAUCAAUAUUGAAGAACCUCAUCAUGAUUUUUUUAGUUUUGUUUAUCAACCGUAUAUAUGUUGAUAUACAUGUAUUUUCAGUUGUACAACUUUCAAAAUCAGUAAAAUCUUUAUUUAACAAAUGCUACAUUUUCUCAUGUUAAAAGCUUAAAAGGCAGUAAAUAUGUAACAUAAUGUUCAUGUUAUAUCAUGUAUAUACCGGUAAUAGACCCAAAUGGACAUAAUUCAUAUAUCAUGGUCUUGGUGUAACAUAAAAAAGUACUAUAAGAUGUUACAAUGUAGUUGGAUUUUAAAAUAAUCACAGCGAAUUUUGACUAUAAUAAUAUAAAUCAAUGAUUUUUGUGGUUACUGAUUUAUAUCUUGAUUUAUCUGGGUCUUCUAACUUUACUUUAAUAAGGAAAUUCAAAAUUAUGUAUUUAUAUAAACCCUCUACGUAUGGUUGAAUCAAUGUUCAACAUGUAAUGUUGGUAUUUGCUUCAUAAAAUAAAUUUCUUCAUAGAAUAUAUACAUUCACUGUUGGUGAUUUUUCAUAACUUGGUUAGGUAUUCCUGUCUGUAUGCGAUCAUGAAACUGAUUUUUCGUUUGUAAUGAAGUACCUCUGAUCAUUUGUUUAUCAUUUUAAAGGGUAAAUUUUUGGUAAUAUUAUGACAUUCAUAGGCAUAAGUAGUUUUCGCGCAUCAUGUAUAAUCUAAACAAAUUCAUACUACAUCAGUUGAAGUGAAAUGAAAAGUUUUAGUAUUUCAUACUUUUCAAAGACAUAUUUUGUGUUCCACUUUCAGUAGACAAUAUCUGGUAGCAUAUCUGAUCAGUCGGGCACACCAUAUUAUAUUAAUCUGAAGAUUAACGUCCGAUAGCUGAUUUUUUAAAAUGUUGAUAAAACAUCAGAAAUCUUCAGAUUAACCAUAUAUUAACCAUUUCACUAAUCCAAUUAAGGAAUUGUUUUAAUAUUUUAUCUAAUAAGUGUAAUACAAGGUGAACUAGCUUAUCAUUUGAUCUUCUAGUCAUACAGAAGUCUGUGCAGCAUUUGUCAUUGAAAAUAAUGUAACAGAGUGGAUCUGUAGAAACUUAGCUUUAUCUUAGAAAAGUCGCUUAGAGUAGACAAAAUCAUCUUGUUCAACAUAUAUCAGUUUUAAGAACAUUUCAAAACUUUUUUUUUAAUAAAAAGAGAGGUUUCUA